AUGGAUUACCAGAAUCGCGCGGGCUCCAAGUUUGGCGGCGGCGGCGUGGCCUCGCACAGCGCCACCAGCGCCGACCGCCGCGAGCGCCUGCGCAAGCUCGCGCUCGAGACCAUCGACCUUGAUAAGGAUCCCUACUUCUUCCGCAACCACCUGGGCUCGUUCGAGUGCCGCCUCUGCCUGACGGUGCACCAGAACGACGGCUCCUACCUGGCCCACACCCAGGGCAAGAAGCACCAGACCAACCUGGCGCGCCGCGCCGCGCGCGAGCAAAAGGAGGGCAAGGGCGAGAUCGACCCCAACACGGGCCUGCCCGUCGGCGUCAUGGGCGCCGGCUUUGCGGCGCUGGGCUUGGGCGCGCCGCGCCGCAACCUGGUCAAGAUCGGCCGCCCGGGCUACAAGAUCACCAAGGUGCGCGACCCCAUCACCAAGCAGCAAGGGCUGCUGUUCCAGCUGCAGUACCCCGAGCUCGGCGCCGGCGUGACGCCCAAGUGGCAGGUCAUGAGCGCCUUCACGCAGCGCGUCGAGGAGCCCGACCGCAACUUCCAGUACCUGCUCGUGGCCGCCGAGCCGUACGAGACGUGCGCCUUCAAGAUCCCCGCGCGCGAGCUCGACAAGCGCGAGGACCGCCAGUUCAGCUUCUGGAGCCCAGACUCCAAGGACUACUGGAUCCAGAUCAUGUUCAUGACGGAGCGCGAGGAGCGCUUCAACGCCGCCCCGGGCCUGACGGGAAGACGUUGA